AUGGAAUCGUACUCGCAGUAUCAACAACCCUCCGCCUAUCCGCACGCGCACAGUGGUCCAGGUCCACAGCAGAGUCCCGUUAUGCAGACACAACAUCAACCCAACUAUGGCCAACACCAACAGCCGCCGGGCGUACCACAACAGCAUAUGAUGCCUCAGAUGGGCUACAAUCCCGCUGCGUAUGGUAUGCAGGCGCAGUAUAAUGUGUCGCCCACACAAGCCGCCGCCAUGGCGACCGCUGCCGCCACAGGGUACCCGGCAUACUCGAUGCCCGACUCGUCGAUGCCUGGAUCGAUGCCGCAGACCUCGCCCCGUCUGCAACAGGUCAAGACGGACGGUAGCAUGCAGAGACCAAGCCCGACAUCACCAAGGCAACAGGGACAGAUGAACGUACCAAGCAGCAUGGCGCAACAGAUGAGCAUGCCACCAGCGCAACCGUUGCCGAACAACAUGCCUCCACAGAUGCAGCAAGGCCAAUUGCAGCAACAACGUAGAAUGUCGCAUGCGAUCCAAAGUCCCGCUGUACAAGGACCACCUGGUCAGCAACCAAUGGCCGCACCUCGGCCACCCACCGCAACGCAACAAACCCCUCAGCCGUCCCAACAUCAGGCAUCGCCCGAUGGGCCCGUCGCAGGCGCAAACGAAGAAUCACCGUUGUAUGUCAACGCCAAACAAUUCCAUCGCAUUCUGAAGAGGCGUAUGGCGCGUCAAAAGCUGGAGGAAGCAUUACGCUUGACGUCCAAGGGGCGGAAGCCAUACUUGCACGAGUCGAGACACAAUCAUGCUAUGCGAAGACCUAGAGGUCCAGGAGGUAGGUUCUUGACCGCCGAAGAAGUCGCUCAAAUGGAGGCAAGGGGCGAAGGUCUGGACGGAGCUGUUGAAGAUGCCCCGGCGACCAACGGCAACAGUAAUGGGAAGCGCAAGGCCGGAGACUUGAGGUCGAAUACCCCUACGAAGAAGGUCAAGAGCGACGAUGAUGAUGAUGCGGAGGACGACGAUUCAUGA